UUAUGAGAGGUAGAUUAUGAAAUAGGACCAGGAAGUAAUACAAUUAAGUGACUGUCAAAGGUUAAAAUCAAGACUGAGUGUAUGUUUUUUUCUUAAUUGUUUUUUUCUUACCAGUUCGAAAAGAAUUGAUGUGCUAAUUAUUCUGAAGUAAACAACGGACUAAAUUAGUUUUCUCUGGACAACUUUUGAAAUGUGAAAGAUAUAUACUGUACUAGGGGAGUAAUUUAGGAAGGAGGUAAUUCACCAUGACGUUCCAGUAUAAUUUUGGUCACAAAUACAGAGGUCGUGCCUUAAUCAUCGGCAAUCAGUUUAUUUGGAAAAAUGCGAAAGGCAAAGACGUCAUUGGGAGAAAAGGAUGCGCGAAAGACUUGGAGAUGAUGGAAGAACUGUUCCUACGGCUUGACUUCAAAGUAACCAUUUGUAGGAACUUGAAAGCUGAUGAUAUGAAAACUGAAUUGCAGAAAGCUGCCAGCUCAGCAGAAAACGAAGAUUCUGACUGUUUUGUGCUCGUAAUAAGCACACAUGGUGAAGAAAUCAGAGUAGAGAAGGGAACAGGAUUGUCCUCUGCGGCGGACGUUUGGAAACACGCUGUUCUGGCAGAGGACAAAGGAAAGGUCUUCGUGGAAGAUAUUGUUGACAUGUUUAAUGAUGACAAAGCCCCUGGGUUGGCUGGGAAGCCGAAAUUAUUUUUCAUCCAGGCGUGCAGAUCGAGAGGGUCUCGGAACAAACUCAUCAGCAUUAGUCACCCCAAGUAUGACCAAGGUCACCAAAUCAGUGUUGAAGAAGAGAAAAUAGCAUCACUGUCAAACUUUAAGACAAUCAAACGCUACUUCACGUGCAAGUUGCGCAGGAAGAAAAAGACGCAACAGAAACACUGGAUCUAUGCAGACGUUGACGUCACUAACGAGUAUAACAUCUUAUAUAAAGAUUGGAAAGACCCGGAUGAGUUGAAAGGCAAGGAUGACAAAUCCGCCGUUGAGACAAGAAAUGGAAACAAUGCGGAUAGUGACAUAGGAGGUUAUUCAACAGAUGAAUAUAGUGAGGACGAUGAUGGCACUAUUGAUGACAAUGAUACCUCUGAUGAUGAAGAUGCUUUGAAAAUGGAACAGAGAACAAAUACUUCGAAAGAAACAGUGGAAGAAGAUGCUUCUGCUUCUGCAGGGAGAGGAAGUGAACCUCUUCCUCAGUCUUCAGAUGCACAGAUGCCUACCACGCCAUUUGAUGUUGUCCCAAUAAAUUGUCCCAACGAUUGUCUUAUCAUGUAUCCAGUUAUGCCAGGUAAAUCAUCCUUUAGGUAUCCUUCGGGAUCGUACCUACUUCAGUGUUUGCAUAAAGGUGAAAAUGUGUCCCAGCUUAUCAACAGGGGCAACAUACUACAGUACCUUACUAGUGUCAGCCAGAACAUGGCGAUGCAUGACUUUCUCCCAGACUUGAUCAUGAAGUCUGAAACAAAAGAAUAUAAAAUGGAAAAAUUAAGAGGUUGGAUGGAGAGUAAUAUUAAACAUUUGAGUAGAAACAAAGAACUGCUAACCGAAAUGUUGGGAGAGGUACACAAAGAGCAUAUUCAAGGGGAUGAAUCUUUGGUAGAAGAGUACCUUAAGAAAAAUAUUGGAAGUUUCGCGAAGAAGGAAAUGCGACAAAUUCUUAGAGGCAUUUUACCUUUUAAAAUGACGGCAUGUUCGGUUCAUAGACUGCGAGAUAGUGUCAGUUUUCGUCCAAAAUCUGAGAAAAGCCCAAUGGCAAAGUUGCAAACAUUUAUAGAAACACUAAACUGACUUAAAGGGUAUAUAGUAUAUGUAGUCAUGUCUAAAGACGCGACUCAAUCAAGCAUCAACCAGUCAAAUGUUAGAGACCUGAAACGGUCUGUCAACAUGGGACUUUGUUGAGGACUAGGUGGAUACAUUCUACAUUUAUAGAAUUUGAUUUCGGUGUCGUUGCUAUGCCAGAUAUUUUCGUUAAUCAAAAAUAAAUACUUGUUGCUGAGUUUUGUACAUAUAAUGCCAAAUAACACAUACAAUCACUUCUGUGACAUCGGAUAUUUAAGAUAAUAAUAUUUUAUGUGUAUUGUCACGUAAAAUAACACUGAAAGGUAUGAACGUCAAAUUAACAGUUGACCGUGUACUUGGUUUUGGACAAAAAUGAAGAUACGAGGGCUGUUUCAUAAGUUCGCGGAAUUGCUAUAUUACUUCAAACAGGAAUAAAAUAUUAAAAACAAAAUAAAUCAUGAGAAACGUUUACUUAAGGCUGACUUACAGACCAAAAAUCGUAGUGAUACAUGGAAUAGUUAAUUUUACAUGGAACAUUUAACAAUAGUACCGAGUAGUACUUGAAGCACGCCGACAUCAACGUUAACGUCACCUCUCGUUAGCACUCGACUCGUUCCUGUCUGUCUUUGUCCUGAGGAAUAAGUGGCACCCAACGAGCCGACACCUUUGACAUUUACAAUCCUUCAGUAAGAAUACGAUAUACUGCUGUGGGAGAAAGAGACAGCUCCUCUGCCACAUUUCGUACCGUAAGCCUCCUAUCAGUGUUUAUCAGUUCUUUCACUAGUUCCGCGUUACCCACAUUUACAGAAGAUGUCGGACGACCUGGUCUUUUAUCAUCAAACACUGAAGUUCCUCCGUCUGUAAAUCUCUCGUGCCACUUGUAUACAAAUUUCUUUAUACAUGUUGGUAAUGUAUCAGAGUUUUUAAUUUGUUCAAGAGUUUCCGCCGGAAAUGGUUCGAGUCCCGCACAAAAUUUAACUACGGAACGUAACUCAAUUUCAUCCGUUGGCGUCAAGCGAUUUUGUGAAGUCAUAGGCGAUAAAACGCUGCUGGGAAGUAACCGUCUUCAAAAUUUCAGGAAAUGACGUCCACACGUAACGCUUACGUCAGUUGCUUUCGCGCCAAAAUUGCAUAAAAUUUGACUACUCAACAUCAUUUUGGGUAAGUUCAAAAUGCAUGAAAUAACGAGGUGCUUCAAGUCGCUGAAUAUUGGUUGCUAUAGAUACCUCUUAUUCUUCGAUGAUUCAAAGGAAAUUAAAACCGAUUUUGAAAUAAAAUAGGAUAUAUAUCAACUUACUUGUAUAUAUGUAAGUCAUGUAAUUUGAUUGAAAAAUAAAAGUUUGAGAACAGAUUUCCUCGAAUUUAUGAAACAGCCCUCGUAUACAGUGUUUCUUUUGUUACAGUGUAACUCUGAAAUGUAUUUCAUUGAAUGAUAUAUCUUCACAUAAUUAUGACGACGUUACAUAUGUAUACGACAAAAAAUGUACAUCUGGUGUUUCGGAAUAAAAAUAUAAUGUUGAAGAAGAACAAUAAUUUUAUAAAAAUUCUAGAUUUAUUUUACCCUUUCAUAAAACAAUUAAAAAAAAGAAUUUAUGCUCAAUAAAGUCUUAAUAAUU